UGAACUAGGUACUACCCAAGGUACCUAAUGGACCAGCUAGAGGAACCUGCCUUCUGCUCAAGGCUGAUUGAUGGCUGAUGUGGCUCAGACUCUAACUAGAGCCUCUCAGCUCAGCUUCCAACAUCAACCAAAGACAACAUCUUGACAUUCAUUCAGUUUUCCCUCUCCCCUUUUCGGCAUUGUGUCGCUCUCUCUACUUGAAAUAAACCCUCGCUGUAAUUCUAUGGAAACAAGAGGAUAGCCAAACCGAACUGUGAUUAACAAUUCUUCCUUUUGUUCAAUUACGACACAUCGGCAGCAACCACAACCACAACCACACCUGUCCCUGACGAUCAAAUAGCACGCAGCCCUCCCCUCGUCCUUCGGACUGUAUAGCGAAUCUCUGAUUAUUGGCGUCUGCUGUGACGAAGCUGAGAGGCGGUUUAUUGCACAUCGCAGAAGGUUCUAAGUCAGUGUAUUACCAUCCCCACGAUAGAUCAUGGCGCAAGUACUUCUGGACCUCUUCUACUCGUUCGGGAAUUGUCUCAACUGCUUUCCCGGAAACCCCAAUCUCAAGAUCAACAACCGGAGCUUCAAGAUCUUGAGAUUACUUGGAGAGGGCGGCUUCUCUUACGUAUACCUCGUCGAAGAUACCUCAAGCCACGAACUUUUCGCACUUAAAAAGAUCCGAUGUCCCUUUGGCGCUGAAUCGGUACAGCAGGCCAUGCGUGAGGUUGAUGCCUAUCGGCUCUUCUCUCACGUUCCAACCAUCAUAUCCGCUGUCGACCAUUCCGUCGCAACCGAGCGCGGCGCCGACGAGGCGACAAAAACCGUUUACGUCCUUCUGCCAUACUACAAGCGCGGUAAUCUGCAGGACAUGAUCAAUGCAAACUUGGUCAACCAUGAUCGGUUCCCUGAGCGUCGUCUCAUGUUGCUCUUCCUCGGAGUGUGCAAGGCUCUGCGUGCCAUGCAUGACUAUAAGCCUGCCGUGGAGCGCAUGCACAUGGGGCGGGAAGAGGAUGAGCUGAACCACGGCGAGAGAAACAACACGCGAGGAAAGCGAACCGAGGAAGAAGAGGAGGGCGAGCAAGAAAGGGGUCUGCUGGAGGAGGAGAACCAAGUCAGUGGAGGUAGAUCUAUUCAACACUACGCCCACAGAGAUAUCAAACCAGGCAACAUAAUGAUCGAUGACUCCGGCUCAACCCCGAUCCUCAUGGAUUUAGGAUCCGUCGCUCCGUCGCCGAUUCCUGUUACAUCGCAAUCUCUGGCCCUCCAGAUUCAAGACACGGCCGCUGAACAUUCAACCAUGCCUUACCGUGCCCCUGAGCUUUUUGAUGUUCAGACUGGCAUGGUAAUUGAUACAAAGGUUGAUAUUUGGUCCAUGGGCUGCACUCUCUACGCCUGCCUUGUCGGCAAGUCCCCCUUUGAGAUGCGCUCCGACGAGACCGGUGGUACUCUGUCUCUGUGUGUUCUAGGUGGCGAUUGGCGCUUCCCCGAUGAAGGACCUGCUGGCGUGAAGCGUUCUAACAGCAUGCGCCCGCAACAAGGACAACAGCAACAACAAGCACCAGCGGUUGAGAUCAGCGAGCCGAUUCGCGAUGUCGUCAGGAAGUGUCUGCGUGUUGAACCCGCUGAGCGACCGGAUAUUCACGAGUUAAUCGAAAUGGUUGAAGAAGUUAUCGAGGACCUUCCUGAUGACUCCCAUUAGAUGCUGGCACGACGCAUGUUUUAAACUGUGCAGCAGAGCGACGAAUUGAAUUUGAAUACCAAUAAAAGAUACCUACCUCGUUUGUUGCUCUCAUCUAGCUGGUUGGGUGACCUCCCGGGUCCGGCGGUUGAUCAUAUUACAUUUCUUUUUUGUCACUUGAAGGAGACGGCGUUUAGGGUUUGGAGUGAUAGAGCCAUUUGCUGGUAAUUAACUAAGUUCUUGUCUGGUAGUCGUCCCCGCCAACCACACUCCCUAUUUACGUGCCGUCUUGAGAGCUGCUGCUUACCUGCAUGUCCUGCUCACAGAUUCAAGCGUUGCAAUCUUAGUAGUAACCUUAGUAGUGAACCACGU